GAUCAUCUUCAGUCUCCUUUAUGCAUGACAUUGCCUUGAAGAUCCUAACUGUCAUGCCAUGCCCCAUUCAAUUGGAAGCUUCAUGUGUGGCUUCAGGAGGCAAAGGAUGAUUCUUGUUCUUGCUGCAAAACCAAUGCAUUUAGUUUGAUGUGAUAAAAUUAAAUAUAGUUUUAUCUUAUUGUCUUUCAAUCUCAUUACAAUUACUGUUGAAUUAUUGGAGCAAACCUUCAAUUAUUUAUCAUAAGCUUCUGUCUCUUCUUGUGUUUUUUAUGGUGGUUUUUUUUGUUUAAGAACAGGCUUUGCUUUGUCUAUAUAAGAUGUGGUGUUUGGUUGGCUCUAUAGGGGACACAUUUGGGACCAGAGAAUAAGAUGUUAUUUUAAGAUCAAAGAGAGAAGCCUUUGAACUUCUUUUCUCUCUAUUUUUGUUAAUCUUUGUGUUGAUUUGAAGUAGUGUUUAUCACUGAAUCAUGUCGCCGGAGAUGCACGCUCGAAAGGGACGACACCAGCAACGAUAUGAGAAUAAUUUUCGCCUUGUUUCAGGGUGUGUACCUUACAGAAUAAAACCAAGUGCUCAGAAUCAAAAUGGUGAUUCAUUUGAUUGGUUGGAAGUUCUCAUGAUUUCCUCAGCAAACAGAACUGAUCUUGUUUUUCCCAAAGGAGGAUGGGAGAACGAUGAGACUCUUCACGAAGCGGCCGGUCGAGAAGCUUUAGAAGAAGCCGGUGUACGAGGAAUGAUUAGUGAAACAUUAUUAGGAGUUUGGGAAUUCAGAAGCAAGAGAUUUCAGAAUAACUGCAGUAUGGAAGGGUCUUGCAGAGGUUAUAUGUUUGCAAUGGAGGUCACUGAGGAGCUUGAUUCUUGGCCUGAACAAGAUGAACACAAAAGAAGAUGGGUAACUGUGAGGGAGGCAUUGCAGUUGUGCCGAUACGAAUGGAUGCGCGAAGCACUGAGAGCAUGCUUGAGAGUUCUUUCGGUCAAGUCUUCGAUGUCUAUGCCGAUGAUUUCAGAGAUUUCGACGAUGUUUCACCUGAUGAAGCCUUCUAGUUCUGAACAAAUGGUGGUUCUGUAACUGUAAGUACAUUGUAUGGAUGGGUGGCUCUAUAAAUACAUGAAUUUGGAGUUUGGUUUUUGUUUUGUAUCAGUGUUUCUGUAGUUUCAUUUCUGUUCUAAGUCGAAGAUACAAAACAUGGUUUGUUUGAAUUGG